GUGAAGGAAGUGAAACCACAUGUUAGAGUGACAGAGAAGGGGGUUGAACCACACAUUUCCACAGUCAGAAGUGAGGGCCAGAGGAACUCAGCUUCAGUACCUCUAAAACGCUGGAUCCUUACUGAGCGACACACACAUGCACACACACAGUCUAAUAGCUAAAGGGAUGACUUACCAGCACUGAAGGGAAGUGGCCUUCAGAGCCAUCACCUGCCGAUGGAGAGAGGACACCCCAGGUUCUGAUAUGGAGAAUCCAUGGCCAGACAUCACCCCCUUGGUCUUAUUUUUCCUGCUGCUCUGUGUGGAUCGUGGCAUCUCCGGCCACAUACGCCAGGCGGUGACGGAGGAAAGCCGCAUAAAUCAUCAGAGAUCCCAGCAGCCCUCCGUUCCUCCUGCUACCGUCACACAGACACCGCAGCAUCGGGUGCUGAGCCAGCAGCCUCAGACAUCAGGAUUUGAUGAUGUUUGUCCUGUGGAGGUUCGCGUACCACGGAACACCAUAACAUCAGCUGGAGAAAACUCACCAGUGACACUGCGCUGUCCAGUGAAACACUGCGGAUGGAGACCAGCAGUUACAUGGUGUAAACUCCAGAAUUUUACAGACUGCGUUACUGUAAAUGAAACAGACAACAUUAAAAUACAAUGGAAAAACAAUGAAACUGAGCCAAAUAUCAGCACCUCAGAACUGAUUUUCACACGUGUGUCCAUGGGAGAUGCUGGUCUGUACAGGUGUGGUGUUUAUGGAACUGUGACUGCUGUCAGUCAUACCAUUAAUGUCUCUGUCACAGAUCAAACCCAAGAUAGAAAUGAAAGUUCUGCUAACACAAGUAAGAACCAGAAAGCAGGAACCUGCAUUAAAUCAAACAACAUUUAUUUGCAAAUAAAAAUGUAAUGAAAAUCAAAUUUUGAUAUAGUGAAGCAAAAAAACUCAGUUUUAAUAUAAUAAUUAAUAUAA